AAUAAACUCCUGAACUCGGCUUCACUUCACUUUGUGUUUUUUUCUAAUUUUACUGUCAGCAGAGCUGAUAAAUUAGGUGCAUAUUUCGUAUGCAACAGCUAUUUUGACUCGAUAUUGUGCUUUAUUAUGAUCCAAUUUAUCAGAAAAAAGGUCCCAAGUGAUUCUAGUAACUAAAAUCAAUAACAAUCAGUCUGCAACAAAGUGAUCAAGAUGAAUUAUGAGGCGGAAAGAGCCAUGAAUCAGAAGCGGCUGCGUAUGGAGGGUGAGCCGGGACACGGCGUUGUCCAGGGAAACGGAUUGCCGCUUAAUUAUAUAGAUAAUGGCCAUCAAAUACCGUAUCAACCGUACGCGAGUGCGUAUAACACGCAUUAUCCGCCGCCGGAUGCCUUCGCAGCGUACGGGCCUCCGCCUCCCGGCGGCUACGCUCCGCAGAACCUGUCGUACGCUCCUCCCGCGCACCAGAACUACGCACAUCAUCAGAGUUUCCCGCCGCAACAGCCUACCCAGGCGCAGCUUCAUAUGGCACAAUCACAUAUGGUCCAAGGCUAUGGAGAUGUGGGUGUGCACAAAGCAGCAUGGCCGCCGCAGCCACAUCUACUGCCACCUCUGGACACACAAAAACCACUUGACAUCAAGCAGCUCAAACCAGAAAUCAAACUUGAACCCACUGAUACACACAAGAGGCCACAUCCAGAAAAUGAAAUGAUGACUGCUGAGAUGGAGCAUCCUAAAAUCAAGAUCAAGACAGAUAUCUUUAAACCAGAUGAGCUGGCACUUAGACCUGAUGUUGAGAAACCACGUGAUGUUGCCGCUAUAAUACCAGCAGAAGUCACCAAGAUAGCUGACCCAUCUAAAGAUGAUGGACAAACAACAAGGGUAGAACUUGAGAAACCAGUUGAAUCGAGCAAACCUGAAGGCUUACCAGAAGCUGGCAAGGAUGCUGCACAUCCCAAGGAGCCCACGGGGACGCCUUCAGAUAAAAGCGAAGAAGACAGAAAACCGUUCAGUAGUCCGGAAGGUGCAAAAAUGGGCUUCGCACCUGGCAAAAUGACACCUGGUUUGGAGCCGAAAAAACGAGGUCGUCCCAAGGGGUCUACAAACAAGCCGAAGCCACCAGGCACGCCCACCAAGUUGACCCCCCCGACGCCGAGUGCUGCGGCCCCUCGCGGCCCGCCGCCCGCCGCGCGCCCCAUGCCCGCGGGCCGGCCGCGCGCCCCCUCCGGAUAUCAGUACGCCAUACGACCGUUCAGAAAGGACUUCUCCGGGAUACAGUUCAGAAGGCGAUGGAGCGAUGACUGUCUGGACUCAUCACACAUCCCGAACGAAGUGUACUUCGGUGACGUUCCCGUGCCGCUCACAGUGCUGUAUAAUUACUACGACGCGAAUGCCGAGAGGGAGAAGCUGGCGACGCAAGCUGCGCAGAUCGCCGCACAGAAAGCCGCCGCUGCAAAGCUCGCGGCUGCCAAGCUGCAGGCCAGAGGCGUCAUGUCCAAUGAGGUGACGACAGUCGACUCAUCAUCGUCCGAUGACUCGUCCGGAUCUUCCGAGAGUGGGUCUGAAGAGAGCGAUGACGACAUGCCCCUAAAGCGCGGCCCCGGACGGCCCAAGGCGCCGAAGUCCCCCAAAGCGUCCGGCACGCCGGGCCGGCGCGGCCGUCCGCCCGUGCCGCCCGAGCUGCGCCAGCCCGGCAUCACCGACAUGAAGAAGUUCCUCAAGGCGGCCGGCAUACGCUUCGACUACAAGAAGUUGACGGAAGGUUGCACAAAGAACAAGGACCGGGUGGCAAAGAUGAACGAUCUACUGGUAACGGCGGGGCUGGAGGGCAAGCCCACGCUGGAGAAGUGUAGAGCGCUGAAGAAAGCCAAGAUGGACAAGAAGGAGCAAGAGAAACAGGCCAAGAAGGAAGCCAAGGCGACCAAGCACAAAGAGACGGAAGGUGGUGAGGAAGGGUGCGCGCGGCGGAUGACGCGCGGCGCGACGGGCGUGAAACCGCGGCAGCGCAUCGUCAUCUCGUCGGACGAGGAGGACGGCACGCCCGCCGCGCGCCGCACGCUCUCCAAGCUGCGGUCCAGUGUCAACGACGAGUCGGAUUCCGACUAGGUGGUAAUCCUUGACUUCUCUGCUUGGUGAGGGUGUCAAUUGGACAAUAAUUUGCCGAUGCCGUUCGCGGGCAGUGAAAGGACUGUGUGCGGGACCUCUAGAAAGUGCUUCGACGGGGGUCGCUUGCACGGAGCGUGAUCGCUUCAAUUCCUACUAAUUUUAGGUCGAAGUGUCGAAAUUUUGAAAAUCCGCGUUGUGUUGUAUGAUGGGUGUGGAAAAGAAGGUCAGAUAGAUACGAUAAGUUAUUUGAACACUAGAAAACAGUCAAGAUAGCAGCUUCUUUAGGGAACCGCUCAGAUGACAUGUGUCUUCAACGUUUAUGCAAUGUUUUAGUGUGUGUCCUGAUUGAUGGCGCACCAUGCAGGUGGAAUAAACGGGGUAUACAAAUGUUCGACAGGUUUGAACCGGUCCAGAGUACGAGCGGACGCGCACAUGUCACGUCGCAUACUAAAUUCAGCGUGUAAAUACGCUCCGCAAGGCACUCAGGACAUAGACAAGGUUGAACACAUGCCGUCUGAAUGGUUCCCUAAAGAAGCCCCUAUCUUGACAAUGAAUUCCAGAGUUAAUGAAAUUUUUACCUUUCUAUAAUUUAUCAUCUUUAUUUAUUGCAUUGCCUGAAAUUGUGUAAGUUUAUUCACUAAACAAUAACUGGUCAAGUGCGUGUCAAAACACGCAUGAAGUAGUGUUCCGUAGUCAUGCUAGUUGCUAAAACCUUUGACGCUCGUUAUCACUUAUCCCUCCACUUAUCAUUGGAGCGAGUAAACCAACAUUUUUGGCUCUCGCUUACCUAUCCUGUCAUUUUCUUUUCAAAAUUUGGUUUAGCAGGUUUCUUUAUCUCAAUUGCAACUUUAGUUUAUUUUAAAAUGGCUGUGCCACAGACUAACAUGCAUAGACUGGACUAAGUUGUAAGGGUUUUUUGUCCUUACUAUGGAACCAUAAAAAUGGUCUGGAAAUCUCGAAAGUGUGAGAAACAGUCGGGAGGUGUUAACUAUUGGUUCGAGGUCGCUUUCGAGUUUUAGUUUUUACAGUUGUAAAUUUGACAAAAUCAUUUCGCUGCUGGAGAACAGCCAUAUUUCACGCUGAAUUUCAAUUUGGAAUAAUUAUUUAACUAUUUAUUUACUUAUUAUUUAUUCAAUUAUGUUUAAUUAUGAAGCUAAAAUCAGCGUACAAAAUGUAUGUAAUUUUGUAUGGCAGCUCCUUAGAGGCUCGCGCACAUUUAGUCGGACUGCAUCACCUAAAUAGGUCUGUAUGUGUUUUUGUACAUUGUAUUGCAAGAUGUUUGCGCAAGACUUUAUGCGUGAGCUUCUAUAUAAUAUCUAUGAACUUUAUUUUUAUGGCAAUUGACGCAUAAGGGUUAGCACAAACCGAGCGUAAAACUGCUCAAGCAACAAAAUAAAUAAUAAAUUCGUACAUAUAAAGUACAAAAUAUACAAAUAAAACUCUCGCCGAAAAUAUCUUUCCCUAUCCCUCUUUAUUCCCUAUCCUGUGGAGAUAUCGAAAAAAUCCGGUCUUAUUCCUUGUUUACAUUAUAAAGGGAAGCUCAGUGUAAAAUUUCAAAUUUCUACCACCAAGGGAUUGGGUUUUCUAGGUCCAAGGUGUUGGGCUUUCUAAGUCCAUGGGUUUGGACUGGGGUAUCAGAGGGUUUGGGGCUGGGCAUUGCUGAGAUAGUGUGUCAGGACUUUUUAUAUGUUUACGUAAUAUAUUUUAUCUUUAUUUUAUUUCCAUCUUUUGCAACUAUUUCAAUUAAAUAAGAACGAUAUUUAAUUAUUAUUAUCAGAAAAGUACGCAUUAUGCUCGAGUUUCACGCUUAGUUUUUGCUAACCCAAUGGUGUUCAGAUACGUCUUGAUACGCACACAUAGUCGAUGGUAAUUAUUCAGAUAAAUAUUAUCUAUUAACGAAAAUGCCAAGUCUAAAAAUAAUGCUAUUCUUUUCCGCAGGGAAUAAUAUGAAAAGGAUAGCAUUAUUUUUAGAUCUGUUAAUUUAAGUUGAUUUAAGGACUUAUGUUUGGCUUUAGUAAUGCACACAUACUCGUAUGUAUAGUCCAUAAAUGCACGACAUAGAUCGAAGGCGCAUUUCAAUAAAAUUAAGUGAAGUCAAUGUUUGUGAUUUUUAUAGGCGUUACACAAAAACAUUAUCCAAAGGGAAUAUUUGGGUAUUUAUUUAACGUGUAUUUUCGUAAUUACUUUCGUAAUUAUUAAUUUUAUGUAUUCUCAAUGAAAAAUGUUUUGGUGAAAAACCUUUAGUCUCCGGCUACACGCU